AUGUCGUCCUCCGCCUCAAAACUGUAUCCUCCAUCCAAGCAAGCUUCCACAACCACCAACCCCCUCCCAACCCUCCUCCAAACACCAUCCGGCCUCGCCAUCCUCGAACUCCAAGGAAGUAUAAAUCUCCCCCAAGAUGCCCAAGGAGAUGCUCUCAAAGACGUCGAGGUCGGAAGACUCGAGUUUCCAGAAUAUUCACCAGACGCCAUCGGCUCAGCUUGGAUGAAGCGAGUCCACAUGUACAUCGGCCAGCACCAGCGGCUAACGGGCGAAGUGAAGAAGCUCCCCAAGGCGCUCGCUGUGGUGAGGAAAAGGGAGAAUAGGAUGCUGCAGAGCUCUUCGGGGCCGUAUAUGGAGGAGGGAGAUAAUCUGGAGGUGCUUGAUAUUGUCAAGUACAAGCUCAUAUUUGCGAGUCGACCAGAACCUGUUGGAACAGCUCACGCCCCCGCUUCAUGA